GUCCCACAUACCCUGCAGGGGCUGAGCUAAAACCCGGAGCCUAAACUCUGUAGAGCACCCGUCGAGGGUUUGUUAUAAUGAACACUGCCGGGUAGUGUUUCCGGUUCAAGAUGGCUACGACCUUGUGCAGCAGGGCUGUGCAGAAAUUGGGCUGGCUGCCCUGCACUCAGAGCGUGCGCCACGGCUCCAAGUCUGUCACACGACAUCGCAAGCCUGUGCACUUCCUUAAGCAGAAACUGAUGGCAUUGACACAGUACAUUCCUCCCCAGCCUGCUGUUUCUGAGAGGUGCAUCAUCCCCCCAAGCAAACAAGUCCAGGAGGAAAGCGGUCUAACAAGGCUGCUGAAGAGGGAAGUGGAGGCGUUGUUCCGUGAUAAUAAAAUGGUCGCCGUGUUCCAAAAUAACGCCGUCACAGCCGAGGACAUGCUGCAACUGAAACACCGGCUGAUGAAACACGGCAUCGCGGUGAAGUUCUACCCAAACCAGGUGGCCAGGUCCUACCUGUCGGACUCCAAGUACUCGAACCUGCUUCCCCUCUUCAUCGGACAGAACAUUUUGCUGGUGAGCAGGGAGCCCAAAGUGAAGGAGAUGCUGCAGACUCUGAGGACCAUGCCCCAUAUCAUCCUGCUAGGGGCCUGUGUUGAAGACGCUCUGCUGAGCAGACAGGGGGUCUUAAACUACUCCAAGCUGCCAUCACUGGCCGUCAUCCAAGGGGAAGUGGUGGGUGGGCUCUCGCUGAUGACAUCACAGACCGCCUCCCUCCUGCAGCAUCACCCCCUGCAGCUCUCCAGGCUGCUGCAGCAGUACGUGAAGCAGCAGAGUGAGGGGGAUGGCGGGGAGACUGAGGGAGCAGAGGCACAAUAGAGACAGGGACUCAACUGAUCGACCACCAGCCCCCUACUCGUCCCUCAAAUCCGCCGUUUAUUACGCUUGAGUGACCUCCCCUCGAUGGCAAAUCAGGCCUGGCAAUAAGGCUUCUGUUGCAUUGCAGUUUCACCCAUUCCAGAUUUUACUACCAGCUUGUAUAGGCAACACGCUCAGGUAUGUCAAAUAAUGAUAACUCCUGCAACGCCUUCAUCUCAAACCCAUACUGCUACAGAUCCUUCUGUGCACGGAUGGAAGUAAGACUCCCAUUGCAUAGCAGUUUGAUCCAUGCCUGGUUGUUCUUUGAGUUUAAUAAGACACCUGAGCUUGUUGCCUAUAUGCUGGGGCUAAUCAAGCACAUAGUAAAACGAGGAAUGACUCAAACUGCUAUGCAAUUGGGGUCUUAUUUCAGAUAUUCAUUUUGUGCACAAGCAAAAUGACUGAAGUCCUGGCAGCACAUGAUGUUGUAAAAUCUGUAUUAAAAUCAAAAAUUGGCAAUAAA